UGCGCCUGUCCAUCCAUUCUUCAUUGCACGGAGUAACAGCGACGCAGACCUGAAAAAAGUGAAAAGCACUCAGAGGGGAGGAAAAAAAGGGUGGAGGAGGAAAAACGCCCUGGAGCCCGAGAGAGAGAGAGAGAGAGAGUCGAUACAUAAAUAUUAGAGAGAGGGAGAAUCUGUUACAGAUAGAAAACUGAGUUUGGGAAGAAGUACUUUUAUUGACAGGGACGGAGAAGACAACACUGCCAAGGAUGCUCAAGCUGGUGUGAAAGUUUUGGCAGCACAGACUGCGCAGAUAUCAAGGAAACUAAAGUUGAAGACUAGGAGCCCUUGGCCCUCGCUUGAGCAAACCACAGUACCCUAAGCAGACAUCACACCAGGGCGUAAAAAAAGAAAUAAAGAUUAUCAAAGAUGGCUGAGGAGGAGGAUACCAGGGAAGUGCUCUUUUCAGAAUGGAUGGGUGCAGACAAAACAGGACUAACCAUUGAGCAGAAAGGUGGAGGAGAGAUCUUUGUCAAAGAGGUUAAGACGGAGUCCCCUGCUGCACGCACAGGCCGAGUGCACGAAGGUGAUCAGAUUGUUGGUGCCACCAUCUAUUUUGACAACAUGAGCUCAGAAGAAACAUCAGAGCUACUGAAGACCUUAAACAAACACAAGGUUGGACUGAAACUACAGAACAAGGACAAGUCACCUUGCCGCUCACCCAUGGGCACUCUGUCUUUGGAGAGUAGGAGUCGAUUUGGAGGAUCCAGUCCAGACAUUAUCCUAAGUGGAGAUGAUGAGGACUACAAGAGAAUAUACACAAAGAAAAUCAAACCACGUCUGAAGUCGGAAGACCUGGCAGAAGGGGUGGAUGUGCGAACAGAGCGUCACAGCAGCACAAGCAGCGAUGGGAGCACAAUUACAACCAUCACUCGUCGAAUUACUACCUACACUGUAGAUAUGCCAGGGGGCAUGGGCGAGCAGCUUGAACUUUCAAGCCCAGAGUUCAAGGGGCUACGAAAAUCGGUGGACAGCCCCACUCAGAUAAAAGUCUCCUCAUCUUUAAGCCCCUCAGGUAAAGGGAGUGCAGAGGAGGGGGUUUUCGAGCAAGGCAACAUCUCUUUUACUGGGCCACAUAUUGGUGGCUCCUCAGAAACACACUGGAGCACUGGCGGGGUGAAGACCACAACAGUAACAAGGGUGGUGGAGGGGGAUGGUGCAGGGCUCCAAUUUAAGGGACCCAGCUUUGGAAUGUCAGGGGGUAAAGGUCAGACAGGCUUUGGCCUUUCAAAAGGGUAUCAGCAGGGAGAUGAAAGCAUUCAGGUUUCAGGUGUGUCAAACGUGAAGGUUAAAGAGAGUGUGAGCAUGGGCAGCAAGUAUGACACUGUAGGAGGUGUUGAUAUGCCCUCAGGCAGUUGGAAGUCAGGAUCAGUCAGCAUUUCGCUGCCAGGAAAAACUCAAAACCUAGACCUGCAUGGCCCUAGUGUCAGUAGUACAGUAUCAGAAACCAAUAUUGGAGACCAGCAUUUCAAGUCAGGAGGUGUUAGUAUUCCUGGUGGCAAAGUAGGUGGAGUUUCCUCAUCUGGCCUACCAGUAAUAGACACAGAAUUGAAUGGAGGUAAAAUGUCACAAGAAAUAAAAUUGCCUACUGUAGAUAUGAAUAUCUCAGGAAUCUCCUCAGUGGGCCAACCUACGGGGGCUGAUUCAUUUAAAAUGUCCAUCAAAGAACUUUCAAACAAGGGCACAGCACCAGAGAGUGAAAAUGGAGUCACAAGUGGAAUUAAAAAGACAACCUUUGGAUUGAACAUCGGAGGUGCAGAAAGUGGCAUGGAUGUCAAACUACCACAAUUGAAAGGGACUGUAGAAGUUCCAGCUCUUGAAAUAAAAAGUGACAUAAAAUCACCCAAGGUUGACAUUAAAGGGCCAAAAGUUGAAAAUGCAGAUUAUAGUGAUAUUAGCAUGUCAAAAAUUAAGACAUCUUCUUUCGUAAUUAAAGGACCCAAAGUUGAAGGGACUAGUGUUGAUAUUAAACUCCCUAAAGCUAAUAUUAAUGUGAGUGCCCCAACAAUGGAUUUUGAAUGUCAAGAUGUCAAUGUCAAAGGACCCCAAGGUGAAUUUAAGGUGCCAAAGAUGAAAGUGCCUUCCUUUGGAAUUAAAGGACCAAAAGUGGAGGGUCCUGAUGUUAAUAUUGACCUUGCUUCAGCUGAUGUUAAUGCUCCCAAAGUUGAUAUCAAAGGCCCUGGACUUGACAUUGAAGGACAUGACGCUAAAAUCAAAGAACCAAAAUUCAAGUUACCCUCCAUGUCGGGACCAAAGAUCACAAUGCCAGAUGUUGAUAUCAAUCUCAAAGGCCCCAAAAUGAAGGGCGACGUGGAGCUCAAGGCACCUAAAGUAGAUAUUAAAGGGCCAAAUGUUGAUCUACAAGGUCCUGAUGGAAAGCUUAGGGGGCCGGAUUUCAAGACGCCAACCAUUUCCGGACCUAAAAUCUCUUUGCCAAAUGUGGAUAUCAAUGUCAAAGGACCAAAGGUAAAGGGAGAAGUGGAUAUGUCAGCGUCAAAGAUAGAGGGAGACAUCAGAGAACAAAAAGGAGACAUUGAAGGGCCAAAUGUAAAUAUUGAAGGUCCUGAUUAUGGCUUUAAAAUACCAAAGAUCAAAAUUCCUUCAUUUGGAAUUAGAGGAAACAAAGUGGAGAGUCCUGGUGACUUCCCUAAAACAGAAAUUGGUAGCAAUGCCCCCAGCCUUGAACUUGACAAUGAUGGUUACAAGGGCAAAAUCAAAGGCCCAAAAUUCAAUGUGCCAUCUGGGCCAAUGAUCUCAAGUCCAGCUGUGGAUGUAAAUCUGAAAGGUUCAAAAAUAAAGGGAGAUGCAGAUGUGACAGGUGUGGACGUGUCCAUGCCAAAGAUAGAGGGAGACCUGAAGGCACCCAAAGUAAGCAUUGAAGGGCCAGAUGUUGACAUUGAAGGUCCUGAAGGUGGAUUCAAAAUGCCCAAAAUGAAGAUGCCUUCAUUUGGAUUCAAAGGACCCAAAGUGGAGGGUCCUGAUGUCAAUGUAAAACUCCCCAAAGCUGACAUUGACAUCAACGCACCAAGUGUUGACAUGAAAGGACCAGAACUUGACAUUGAAGGGCCAGAGGGGAAAAUCAAAGGUUCAAAAUUCAAGAUGCCAUCCAUCUCAGGGCCAAAGAUCUCAAUGCCAGAUAUGGAUUUCAACCUGAAAGGUCCAAAAGUGAAGGGAGAUGUGGAUGUGUCAGUGCCAAAGAUAGAGGGAGACCUGAAGACACCCAAGGUAAACAUUGAAGGGCCAGAUGUUGACAUUGAAGGUCCUGAAGGUGGAUUCAAAAUGCCCAAAAUGAAGAUGCCUUCAUUUGGAUUCAAAGGACCCAAAGUGGAGGGUCCUGAUGUCGAUGUUAAACUACCCAAAGCUGACAUUGACAUCAAGGCACCAAGUGUUGACAUAAAAGUUCCAGAAGUUGACAUUGAAGGGCCUGACGGCAAAAUCAAAGGUUCAAAAUUCAAGAUGCCAUCCAUCUCAGGGCCAAAGAUCUCAAUGCCAGACAUGGAUUUCAAUCUGAAAGGUCCAAAGGGGAAGGGAGAUGUGGAUGUGUCAGUGCCAAAGAUAGAGGGAGACCUGAAGACACCUAAGGUAAACAUUGAAGGGCCAGAUGUUGACAUUGAAGGUCCUGAAGGUGGAUUCAAAAUGCCCAAAAUGAAGAUGCCUUCAUUUGGAUUCAAAGGACCCAAAGUGGAGGGUCCUGAUGUCGAUGUUAAACUCCCCAAAGCUGACAUUGACAUCAAGGCACCAAGUGUUGACAUAAAAGGACCAGAAGUUGACAUUGAAGGGCCUGACGGCAAAAUCAAAGGUUCAAAAUUCAAGAUGCCAUCCAUCUCAGGGCCAAAGAUCUCAAUGCCAGACAUGGAUUUCAAUAUGAAAGGAGCAAAGGUGAAGGGAGAUGUGGAUGUGACAGUGCCAAAGAUAGAGGGAGACCUGAAGGCACCCAAGGUAAACAUUGAAGGCCCAGAUGUUGACAUUGAAGGUCCUGAAGGUGGAUUCAAAAUGCCCAAAAUGAAGAUGCCUUCAUUUGGAUUCAAAGGACCGAAAGUGGAGGGUCCUGAUGUCGAUGUUAAACUCCCCAAAGCUGACAUUGACAUCAAGGCACCAAGUAUUGACAUAAAAGGACCAGAAGUUGACAUUGAGGGGCCUGAUGGCAAAAUCAAAGGUUCAAAAUUCAAGAUGCCAUCCAUAUCAGGGCCAAAGAUCUCAAUGCCAGACAUGGAUUUCAGUCUGAAAGGUCCAAAGGUGAAGGGAGAUGUGGAUGUGUCAGUGCCAAAGAUAGAGGGAGACCUGAAGACACCCAAGGUAAACAUUGAAGGGCCAGAUGUUGACAUUGAAGGUCCUGAAGGUGGAUUCAAAAUGCCCAAAAUGAAGAUGCCUUCAUUUGGAUUCAAAGGACCCAAAGUGGAGGGUCCUGAUGUCGAUGUUAAACUCCCCAAAGCUGACAUUGACAUCAAGGCACCAAGUGUUGACAUAAAAGGACCAGAACUUAACAUUGAAGGGCCUGACGGCAAAAUCAAAGGUUCAAAAUUCAAGAUGCCAUCCAUCUCAGGGCCAAAUAUCUCAAUGCCAGACAUGGAUUUCAAUAUGAAAGGACCAAAGGUGAAGGGAGAUGUGGAUGUGUCAUUGCCAAAGAUAGAGGGAGACCUGAAGGCACCCAAGUUAAACAUUGAAGGCCCAGACAUUGACAUUGAAGGUCCUGAAGGUGGAUUCAAAAUGCCCAAAAUGAAGAUGCCUUCAUUUGGAUUCAAAGGACCGAAAGUGGAGGGUCCUGAUGUCGAUGUUAAACUCCCCAAAGCUGACAUUGACAUCAAGGCACCAAGUAUUGACAUAAAAGGACCAGAAGUUGACAUUGAAGGGCCUGACGGCAAAAUCAAAGGUUCAAAAUUCAAGAUGCCAUCCAUCUCAGGGCCAAAGAUCUCAAUGCCAGACAUGGACUUCAAUAUGAAAGGACCAAAGGUGAAGGGAGAUGUGGAUGUGUCAGUGCCAACGAUAGAGGGAGACAUGAAGGCACCCAAGGUAAACAUUGAAGGGCCAGAUGUUGACAUUGAAGGUCCUGAAGGUGGAUUCAAAAUGCCCAAAAUGAAGAUGCCUUCAUUUGGAUUCAAAGGACCCAAAGUGGAUGGUCCUGAUGUCGAUGUUAAACUCCCCAAAGCUGACAUUGACAUCAAGGCACCAAGUAUUGACAUAAGAGGACCAGAAGUUGACAUUGAUGGGCCUGACAGCAAAAUCAAAGGUUCAAAAUUCAAGAUGCCAUCCAUAUCAGGGCCAAAGAUCUCAAUGCCAGAUAUGGAUUUCAAUCUGAAAGGUCCAAAGGUGAAGGGAGAUGUGGAUGUGUCAGUGCCAAAUAUAGAGGGAGACAUGAAGGCACCGAAAGUAAACAUUGAAGGCCCAGACAUUGACAUUGAAGGUCCUGAAGGUGGAUUCAAAAUGCCAAAGAUGAAGAUGCCUUCAUUUGGAUUCAAAGGACCAAAAAUCCAUGGUCCUGAUGUAGACAUGAACCUCCCAAAAGGUGACUUUGACAUCAAUGCACCCAGUAUUGACAUUAAAGGGCCAGAACUUGAUAUUGAAGGACCUGACGGCAAAAUCAAAGGUUCAAAAUUCAAGAUGCCAUCCAUCUCAGGGCCAAAGAUCUCAAUGCCAGACGUGGAUUUCAAUCUGAAAGGUCCAAAGGUGAAGGGAGAUAUGGAUGUGUCAGUGCCAAAUAUAGAGGGAGACCUGAAGGCACCCAAGGUAAACAUAGAAGGGCCAGAUGUUGACAUUGAAGGUCCUGAAGGUGGAUUCAAAAUGCCAAAGAUGAAGAUGCCUUCAUUUGGAUUCAAAGGACCAAAAAUCCAUGGUCCUGAUGUAGACAUGAACCUCCCAAAAGGUGACUUUGACAUCAAUGCACCCAGUGUUGACAUUACAGGACCAGAACUUGAUAUUGAAGGACCUGACGGCAAAAUCAAAGGUUCAAAAUUCAAGAUGCCAUCCAUCUCAGGGCCAAAGAUCUCAAUGCCAGACAUGGAUUUCAAUCUGAAAGGUCCAAAGGUAAAGGGAGAUAUGGACAUGUCAGUGCCAAAGAUAGAGGGAGACCUGAAGGCACCGAAAGUAAACAUUGAAGGGCCAGAUGUUGACAUUGAAGGUCCUGAAGGUGGAUUCAAAAUGCCAAAGAUGAAGAUGCCUUCAUUUGGAUUCAAAGGACCAAAAAUCCAUGGUCCUGAUGUAGACAUGAACCUCCCAAAAGGUGACUUUGACAUCAAUGCACCCAGUGUUGACAUUACAGGACCAGAACUUGAUAUUGAAGGACCUGACGGCAAAAUCAAAGGUUCAAAAUUCAAGAUGCCAUCCAUCUCAGGGCCAAAGAUCUCAAUGCCAGACGUGGAUCUCAAUCUGAAAGGUCCAAAGGUGAAGGGAGAUAUGGACGUGUCAGUGCCAAAGAUAGAGGGAGACCUGAAGGCACCGAAAGUAAACAUUGAAGGGCCAGAUGUUGACAUUGAAGGUCCUGAAGGUGGAUUCAAAAUGCCAAAGAUGAAGAUGCCUUCGUUUGGAUUCAAAGGACCAAAAAUCCAUGGUCCUGAUGUAGACAUGAACCUCCCAAAAGGUGACUUUGACAUCAAAGCACCCAGUGUUGACAUUAAAGGACCAGAACUUGAUAUUGAAGGACCUGACGGCAAAAUCAAAGGUUCAAAAUUCAAGAUGCCAUCCAUCUCAGGGCCAAAGAUCUCAAUGCCAGACGUGGAUUUCAAUCUGAAAGGUCCAAAGGUAAAGGGAGAUAUGGACAUGUCAGUGCCAAAGAUAGAGGGAGACCUGAAGGCACCGAAAGUAAACAUUGAAGGGCCAGAUGUUGACAUUGAAGGUCCUGAAGGUGGAUUCAAAAUGCCAAAGAUGAAGAUGCCUUCAUUUGGAUUCAAAGGACCAAAAAUCCAUGGUCCUGAUGUAGACAUGAACCUCCCAAAAGGUGACUUUGACAUCAAUGCACCCAGUGUUGACAUUACAGGACCAGAACUUGAUAUUGAAGGACCUGACGGCAAAAUCAAAGGUUCAAAAUUCAAGAUGCCAUCCAUCUCAGGGCCAAAGAUCUCAAUGCCAGACGUGGAUCUCAAUCUGAAAGGUCCAAAGGUAAAGGGAGAUAUGGACGUGUCAGUGCCAAAGAUAGAGGGAGACCUGAAGGCACCGAAAGUAAACAUUGAAGGGCCAGAUGUUGACAUUGAAGGUCCUGAAGGUGGAUUCAAAAUGCCAAAGAUGAAGAUGCCUUCGUUUGGAUUCAAAGGACCAAAAAUCCAUGGUCCUGAUGUAGACAUGAACCUCCCAAAAGGUGACUUUGACAUCAAAGCACCCAGUGUUGACAUUAAAGGACCAGAACUUGAUAUUGAAGGACCUGACGGCAAAAUCAAAGGUUCAAAAUUCAAGAUGCCAUCCAUCUCAGGGCCAAAGAUCUCAAUGCCAGACGUGGAUUUCAAUCUGAAAGGUCCAAAGGUAAAGGGAGAUAUGGACAUGUCAGUGCCAAAGAUAGAGGGAGACCUGAAGGCACCGAAAGUAAACAUUGAAGGGCCAGAUGUUGACAUUGAAGGUCCUGAAGGUGGAUUCAAAAUGCCAAAGAUGAAGAUGCCUUCAUUUGGAUUCAAAGGACCAAAAAUCCAUGGUCCUGAUGUAGACAUGAACCUCCCAAAAGGUGACUUUGACAUCAAUGCACCCAGUGUUGACAUUAAAGGACCAGAACUUGAUAUUGAAGGACCUGACGGCAAAAUCAAAGGUUCAAAAUUCAAGAUGCCAUCCAUCUCAGGGCCAAAGAUCUCAAUGCCAGACGUGGAUUUCAAUCUGAAAGGUCCAAAGGUAAAGGGAGAUAUGGACAUGUCAGUGCCAAAGAUAGAGGGAGACCUGAAGGCACCGAAAGUAAACAUUGAAGGGCCAGAUGUUGACAUUGAAGGUCCUGAAGGUGGAUUCAAAAUGCCAAAGAUGAAGAUGCCUUCAUUUGGAUUCAAAGGACCAAAAAUCCAUGGUCCUGAUGUAGACAUGAACCUCCCAAAAGGUGACUUUGACAUCAAUGCACCCAGUGUUGACAUUAAAGGACCAGAACUUGAUAUUGAAGGACCUGACGGCAAAAUCAAAGGUUCAAAAUUCAAGAUGCCAUCCAUCUCAGGGCCAAAGAUCUCAAUGCCAGACGUGGAUUUCAAUCUGAAAGGUCCAAAGGUAAAGGGAGAUAUGGACGUGUCAGUGCCAAAGAUAGAGGGAGACCUGAAGGCACCGAAAGUAAACAUUGAAGGGCCAGAUGUUGACAUUGAAGGUCCUGAAGGUGGAUUCAAAAUGCCAAAGAUGAAGAUGCCUUCAUUUGGAUUCAAAGGACCAAAAAUCCAUGGUCCUGAUGUAGACAUGAACCUCCAAAAAGGUGACUUUGACAUCAAAGCACCCAGUGUUGACAUUAAAGGACCAGAACUUGAUAUUGAAGGACCUGACGGCAAAAUCAAAGGUUCAAAAUUCAAGAUGCCAUCCAUCUCAGGGCCAAAGAUCUCAAUGCCAGACGUGGAUUUCAAUCUGAAAGGUCCAAAGGUGAAGGGAGAUAUGGACAUGUCAGUGCCAAAGAUAGAGGGAGACCUGAAGGCACCGAAAGUAAACAUUGAAGGGCCAGAUGUUGACAUUGAAGGUCCUGAAGGUGGAUUCAAAAUGCCAAAGAUGAAGAUGCCUUCAUUUGGAUUCAAAGGACCAAAAAUCCAUGGUCCUGAUGUAGACAUGAACCUCCCAAAAGGUGACUUUGACAUCAAUGCACCCAGUGUUGACAUUAAAGGACCAGAACUUGAUAUUGAAGGACCUGACGGCAAAAUCAAAGGUUCAAAAUUCAAGAUGCCAUCCAUCUCAGGGCCAAAGAUCUCAAUGCCAGACGUGGAUUUCAAUCUGAAAGGUCCAAAGGUAAAGGGAGAUAUGGACAUGUCAGUGCCAAAGAUAGAGGGAGACCUGAAGGCACCGAAAGUAAACAUUGAAGGGCCAGAUGUUGACAUUGAAGGUCCUGAAGGUGGAUUCAAAAUGCCAAAGAUGAAGAUGCCUUCAUUUGGAUUCAAAGGACCAAAAAUCCAUGGUCCUGAUGUAGACAUGAACCUCCCAAAAGGUGACUUUGACAUCAAUGCACCCAGUGUUGACAUUAAAGGACCAGAACUUGAUAUUGAAGGACCUGAUGGCAAAAUCAAAGGUUCAAAAUUCAAGAUGCCAUCCAUCUCAGGGCCAAAAAUCUCAAUGCCAGACGUGGAUUUCAAUCUGAAAGGUCCAAAGGUAAAGGGAGAUAUGGACGUGUCAGUGCCAAAGAUAGAGGGAGACCUGAAGGCACCGAAAGUAAACAUUGAAGGGCCAGAUGUUGACAUUGAAGGUCCUGAAGGUGGAUUCAAAAUGCCAAAGAUGAAGAUGCCUUCAUUUGGAUUCAAAGGACCAAAAAUCCAUGGUCCUGAUGUAGACUUGAACCUCCCAAAAGGUGACUUUGACAUCAAUGCACCCAGUGUUGACAUUAAAGGACCAGAACUUGAUAUUGAAGGACCUGACGGCAAAAUCAAAGGUUCAAAAUUCAAGAUGUCAUCCAUCUCAGGGCCAAAGAUCUCAAUGCCAGACGUGGAUUUCAAUCUGAAAGGUCCAAAGGUAAAGGGAGAUAUGGACAUGUCAGUGCCAAAGAUAGAGGGAGACCUGAAGGCACCGAAAGUAAACAUUGAAGGGCCAGAUGUUGACAUUGAAGGUCCUGAAGGUGGAUUCAAAAUGCCAAAGAUGAAGAUGCCUUCAUUUGGAUUCAAAGGACCAAAAAUCCAUGGUCCUGAUGUAGACAUGAACCUCCCAAAAGGUGACUUUGACAUCAAAGCACCCAGUGUUGACAUUAAAGGACCAGAACUUGAUAUUGAAGGACCUGACGGCAAAAUCAAAGGUUCAAAAUUCAAGAUGCCAUCCAUCUCAGGGCCAAAGAUCUCAAUGCCAGACGUGGAUUUCAAUCUGAAAGGUCCAAAGGUAAAGGGAGAUAUGGACAUGUCAGUGCCAAAGAUAGAGGGAGACCUGAAGGCACCGAAAGUAAACAUUGAAGGCCCAGACAUUGACAUUGAAGGUCCUGAAGGUGGAUUCAAAAUGCCCAAAAUGAAGAUGCCUUCAUUUGGAUUCAAAGGACCUAAAAUCCAUGGUCCUGAUGUAGACAUGAACCUCCCGAAAGGUGACUUUGACAUCAAUGCACCCAGUGUUGACAUUAAAGGACCAGAUCUUGAUAUUGAAGGACCUGACGGCAAAAUCAAAGGUUCAAAAUUCAAGAUGCCAUCCAUCUCAGGGCCAAAGAUCUCAAUGCCAGACGUGGAUUUCAAUCUGAAAGGUCCAAAGGUGAAGGGAGAUAUGGACGUGUCGGUGCCAAAGAUAGAGGGAGAUCUGAAGACACCCAAGGUAAACAUUGAAGGGCCAGAUGUUGACAUUGAAGGUCCUGAAGGUGGAUUCAAAAUGCCCAAAAUGAAGAUGCCUUCAUUUGGAUUCAAAGGACCCAAAGUGGAGGGUCCUGAUGUCGAUGUUAAACUCCCCAAAGCAGACAUUGACAUCAAGUCACCAAGUGUUGACAUAAAAGGACCAGAACUUGAUAUUCAAGGACCCGACGGCAAAAUCAAAGGUUCAAAAUUCAAGAUGCCAUCCAUCUCAGGGCCAAAGAUCUCAAUGCCAGACGUGGAUUUCAAUCUGAAAGGUCCAAAGGUGAAGGGAGAUAUGGACGUGUCAGUGCCUAAGAUAGAGGGAGACCUGAAGGCACCGAAAGUAAACAUUGAAGGGCCAGAUGUUGACAUUGAAGGUCCUGAAGGUGGAUUCAAAAUGCCAAAAAUGAAUAUGCCUUCAUUUGGAUUCAAGGGACCCAAAAUCCAUGGUCCUGAUGUAGAUAUGAACCUCCCGAAGGUUGACUUUGACAUCAAUGCACCCAGUGUUGACAUGAAAGGACCAGGACUUGAUAUUGAAGGACCUGACGGGAAAAUCAAAGGCCCCAAAUUCAAGAUGCCAUCCAUCUCAGGGCCAAAGAUCUCAAUGCCAGACGUGGAUUUCAAUCUGAAAGGUCCAAAGGUGAAGGGAGAUAUGGAUGUGUCAGUACCAAAGAUAGAGGGAGACCUGAAGGCACCGAAAGUAAACAUUGAAGGGCCAGAUGUUGACAUUGAAGGUCCUGAAGGUGGAUUCAAAAUGCCAAAAAUAAACAUGCCUUCAUUUGGAUUCAAAGGACCUAAAUUGGAGAGUCCUGAUGUCAAUGUUAAACUCCCAAAAGCUGAUAUUGACAUCAAGGCACCAAAUGUUGACAUAGAAGGUCCAGGCGUUGACAUCGAAGGACCUGAUGGCAAAAUCAAAGGUCCAAAAUUCAAGAUGCCAUCCAUCUCAGGGCCAAAGAUCUCAAUGCCAGACAUGGAUUUCAAUCUGAAAGGUCCAAAGGUGAAGGGAAAUGUGGAUGUGUCAGUUCCAAAGAUAGAGGGAGACCUGAAGGCACCUAAGGUAAACAUUGAAGGAGCAGACAUUGACAUUGAAAUACCAGAAGGACACCUAAAAGGACCCACAUUUAAAAUGCCAUCAAUCUCAGGACCGAAGUUGUCAAUGCCUGAUGUGGAUUUCAAUCUUAAAGGGCCAAAGAUGAAAGGAGAAAUACAUGGUGAUGUCAGUGGUCCUAAAGCUGAAAUUCAUGCUGGUGACAUGUCCCUUGACAGCCCUGAAAUUGGAACAAAAAAAUCCAAGUUUAAAAUGCCCAAAUUUGGAUUUAAAGGUAGCAAAGGGAAGGGCCUUGAUAUUGAUGUCAAUGUUCCAAAACCAGAUAUCAAUAUUAAAGGUCCAAAAGUAAAGGGUGACAUAGACGUCUCAAUCCCAACUGGCGAGGCCGACUUAAAAUCACCAACUGUCUCAAUAGACGCUGAUGUGAAGGGUGCUGAAGGAGGAUUCAGGAUGCCAAAAUUCAAAAUGCCCAAAUUUGGCUUCAAAAGCCCUAAAAUGGAAAAGCCUGACAUUGAUGUAAAUCUUCCAGAUGUUGACUUGAAAAGCCCAGAUCUGGAUAUUGAAGGACCAGAAGGCAAGGUCAAAGGGACAAAAUUCAAGAUGCCAUCCAUCUCAGGGCCAAACAUCUCAAUGCCAGAUGUGGAUUUCAAUCUGAAAAGUCCAAAGGUGAAGGGAGAUAUGGAUGUGUCAGUGCCAAAGAUAGAGGGAGACCUGAAAGCACCCAAGCUAAAUAUUGAAGGCCCAGAUGUUGACAUUGAAGGUCCUGAAGGUGGAUUCAAAAUGCCAAAGAUGAAGAUGCCUUCAUUUGGAUUCAAAGGACACACAAUGGAGGGUCCUGAUAUUGAUAUUAAACUACCCAAAGCUGACAUAGACAUCAAGGCACCAAGUGUUGACAUAAAAGGACCAGAAGUUGACAUUGAAGGACCUGACGGCAAAAUCAAAGGUUCAAAAUUCAAGAUGCCAUCCAUCUCAGGGCCAAAGAUCUCAAUGCCAGACGUGGAUUUCAAUCUGAAAAGUCCAAAGGUAAAGGGAGAUAUGGACAUGUCAGUGCCAAAGAUAGAGGGAGACCUGAAGGCACCGAAAGUAAACAUUGAAGGGCCAGAUGUUGACAUUGAAGGUCCUGAAGGUGGAUUCAAAAUGCCAAAAAUGAAGAUGCCUUCAUUUGGAUUCAAAGGACAUAAAAUCCAUGGUCCUGAUGUAGACAUGAACCUCCCGGGAGGUGACUUUGAAAUCAAUGCACCCAGUGUUGACAUUAAAGGACCAGAACUUGAUAUUGAAGGACCUGACGGCAAAAUCAAAGGUUCAAAAUUCAAGAUGCCAUCCAUCUCAGGGCCAAAGAUCUCAAUGCCAGACGUGGAUUUCAAUCUGAAAGGUCCAAAGGUAAAGGGAGAUAUGGAUGUGUCAGUGCCAAAGAUAGAGGGAGACCUGAAGGCACCGAAAGUAAACAUUGAUGGCCCGGAUAUUGACAUUGAUGGUCCUGAAGGUGGAUUCAAAAUGCCAAAAAUGAAAAUGCCCUCAUUUGGAUUCAAAGGACCUAAAAUCCAUGGUCCUGAUGUAGACAUGAACCUCCCGGAAGGUGACUUUGAAAUCAAUGCACCCAGUGUUGACAUUAAAGGACCAGAACUUGAUAUUGAAGGACCUGACGGCAAAAUCAAAGGCCCCAAAUUCAAGAUGCCAUCCAUCUCAGGGCCAAAGAUCUCAAUGCCAGACGUGGAUUUCAAUCUGAAAGGUCCAAAAGUGAAGGGAGAUAUGGACGUGUCAGUACCAAAGAUAGAGGCAGACCUGAAGGCACCCAAGGUAAACAUUGAAGGGCCAGAUGUUGACAUUGAAGGUCCAGAAGGUGGUUUCAAAAUGCCAAAAAUGAAAAUGCCCUCAUUUGGAUUCAAAGGACCUAAAAUCCAUGGUCCUGAUGUAGACAUGAACCUCCCGAAAGGUGACUUUGACAUCAAUGCACCCAGUGUUGACAUUAAAGGACCAGAACUUGAUAUUGAAGGACCUGACGGCAAAAUCAAAGGCCCCAAAUUCAAGAUGCCAUCCAUCUCAGGGCCAAAAAUCUCAAUGCCAGACGUGGAUUUUAAUCUGAAAGGUCCAAAGGUGAAGGGAGAUAUGGACGUGUCCGUGCCAAAAGUAGAGGGAGACCUGAAGGCACCCAAAGUAAACAUUGAAGGGCCAGAUAUUGACAUUGAAGGUCCAGAUGGUGGAUUCAAAAUGCCCAAAAUGAAGAUGCCUUCAUUUGGAUUCAAAGGACCUAAAAUCCAUGGUCCUGAUGUAGACAUGAACCUCCCAAAAGGUGACUUUGACAUCAAUGCACCUAGUGUUGACAUUAAAGGACCAGAACUUGAUAUUGAAGGACCUGAUGGCAAAAUCAAAGGCCCCAAAUUCAAGAUGCCAUCCAUCUCAGGGCCAAAGAUCUCAAUGCCAGACGUGGAUUUCAAUCUGAAAGGUCCAAAGGUGAAGGGAGAUAUGGACAUGUCAGUGCCAAAGAUAGAGGGAGACCUGAAGGCACCCAAGGUAAACAUUGAAGGCCCAGAUAUUGACAUUGAAGGUCCUGAAGGUGGAUUCAAAAUGCCAAAAAUGAAGAUGCCUUCAUUUGGAUUCAAAGGACCUAAAAUCCAUGGUCCUGAUGUAGACAUGAACCUCCCGAAGGGUGACUUUGACAUCAAAGCACCCAGUGUAGACAUUAAAGGACCAGAACUUGAUAUCGAAGGACCUGAUGGCAAAAUCAAAGGCACCAAAUUCAAGAUGCCAUCCAUCUCAGGGCCAAAUAUUUCAAUGCCUAAUGUGGAUUUCAAUCUGAAAGGUCCAAAGGUGAAGGGAGAUAUGGACAUGUCAGGGCCAAAGAUAGAGGGAGACCUGAAGGCACCGAAAGUAAACAUUGAAGGCCCAGACGUUGACAUUGAAGGUCCAGAAGGUGGAUUCAAAAUGCCAAAGAUGAAGAUGCCUUCAUUUGGAUUCAAAGGACCUAAAAUCCAUGGUCCUGAUGUAGACAUCAACCUCCCGAAAGGUGACUUUGACAUCAAUGCACCCAGUGUUGACAUUAAAGGACCAGAACUUGAUAUUGAAGGACCUGAUGGCAAAAUCAAAGGCCCCAAAUUCAAGAUGCCAUCCAUCUCAGGGCCAAAUAUUUCAAUGCCUGAUGUGGAUUUCAAUCUGAAAGGUCCAAAGGUGAAGGGAGAUAUGGACCUGUCAGUGCCAAAGAUAGAGGGAGACCUGAAGGCACCGAAAGUAAACAUUGAAGGCCCAGACGUUGACAUUGAAGGUCCAGAAGGUGGAUUCAAAAUGCCAAAAAUGAAGAUGCCUUCUUUUGGAUUCAAAGGACCUAAAAUCCAUGGUCCUGAUGUAGACAUCAACCUCCCAAAAGGUGACUUUGACAUCAAUGCACCCAGUGUUGACAUUAAAGGACCAGAACUUGAUAUUGAAGGACCUGAUGGCAAAAUCAAAGGCCCCAAAUUCAAGAUGCCAUCCAUCUCAGGGCCAAAUAUUUCAAUGCCUGAUGUGGAUUUCAAUCUGAAAGGUCCAAAGGUGAAGGGAGAUAUGGACAUGUCAGGGCCAAAGAUAGAGGGAGACCUGAAGGCACCGAAAGUAAACAUUGAAGGCCCAGACAUUGACAUUGAAGGUCCAGAAGGUGGAUUCAAAAUGCCAAAAAUGAAGAUGCCUUCUUUUGGAUUCAAAGGACCUAAAAUCCAUGGUCCUGAUGUAGACAUGAACCUCCCGAAAGGUGACUUUGACAUCAAUGCACCCAGUGUUGACAUUAAAGGACCAGAACUUGAUAUUGAAGGACCUGAUGGCAAAAUCAAAGGCCCUAAAUUCAAGAUGCCAUCCAUCUCAGGGCCAAAGAUCUCAAUGCCAGACGUGGAUUUCAAUCUGAAAGGUCCAAAGGUGAAGGGAGAUAUGGAUGUGUCAGUGCCAAAGAUAGAGGGAGACCUGAAGGCACCCAAGGUAAACAUUGAAGGCCCAGAUAUUGACAUUGAAGGUCCUGAAGGUGGAUUCAAAAUGCCAAAAAUGAAGAUGCCUUCAUUUGGAUUCAAAGGACCUAAAAUCCAUGGUCCUGAUGUAGACAUGAACCUCCCGAAAGAUGACUUUGACAUCAAAGCACCCAGUGUUGACAUUAAAGGACCAGAACUUGAUAUUGAAGGGCCUGAUGGCAAAAUCAAAGGCCCCAAAUUCAAGAUGCCAUCCAUCUCAGGGCCAAAUAUUUCAAUGCCUGAUGUGGAUUUCAAUCUGAAAGGUCCAAAGGUGAAGGGAGAUAUGGACCUGUCAGUGCCAAAGAUAGAGGGUGACCUGAAGGCACCGAAAGUAAACAUUGAAGGCCCAGACGUUGACAUUGAAGGUCCUGAAGGUGGAUUCAAAAUGCCAAAAAUGAAGAUGCCUUCUUUUGGAUUCAAAGGACCAAAAAUCCAUGGUCCUGAUGUAGACAUGAACCUCCCGAAAGGUGACUUUGACAUCAAUGCACCCAGUGUUGACAUUGAAGGACCAGAACUUGAUAUUCAAGGACCUGACGGCAAAAUCAAAGGCUCCAAAUUCAAGAUGCCAUCAAUCUCAGGUCCAAAUAUCUCAAUGCCUGAUGUGGAUUUCAAUCUGAAAGGUCCAAAGGUGAAGGGAGAUAUGGACAUGUCAGGGCCAAAGAUAGAGGGAGACCUGAAGGCACCGAAAGUAAACAUUGAAGGCCCAGACAUUGACAUUGAAGGUCCUGAAGGUGGAUUCAAAAUGCCCAAAAUGAAGAUGCCUUCAUUUGGAUUCAAAGGACCUAAAAUCCAUGGUCCUGAUGUAGACAUGAACCUCCCGAAAGGUGACUUUGACAUCAACGCACACAGUGUUGACAUUAAAGGACCAGAACUUGAUAUUGAAGGACCUGACGGCAAAAUCAAAGGCCCCAAAUUCAAGAUGCCAUCAAUAUCAGGUCCAAAUAUGUCAAUGCCUGAUGUGGAUUUCAAUCUGAAAGGUCCAAAGGUGAAGGGAGAUAUGGACAUGUCAGUGCCAAAGAUAGAGGGAGACCUGAAGGCACCAAAAGUAAACAUUGAAGGCCCAGAUAUUGACAUUGAAGGACCUGAAGGUGGAUUCAAAAUGCCCAAAAUGAAGAUGCCUUCAUUUGGAUUCAAAGGACCUAAAAUCCAUGGUCCUGAUGUAGACAUGAACCUCCCAAAAGGUGACUUCGACAUCAAUGCACCUAGCAUUGAUGUAAAAGGACCUGAACUUGACAUUGAAGGUCCAGACGGUAAAAUGAAAGGUCCACAGUUCAAAAUGCCAUCAAUCUCAGGUCCAAAUAUUUCAAUGCCUGAUGUGGACUUCAAUCUUAAAGGACCAAAGAUGAAAGGAGAGGUUGACUUGCCCAAAGUGCAAGGAGACAUUAAAAUCCCUGCAGUAGACAUUGAGGGGUCAGAUGCUGAUUUUGAAGGUGGAUUCAAGAUGCCAAAGAUUAAAAUCCCUACAUUUGGAUUUAGAGGACCCAAAAUCGAUGGUUCUGAUGUGGAUGUUCAUCUUCCUACAGCUGGCAUUGAUGUCAGUUCCCCCAGUGUUAACAUUAAAGGACCAGAAAUUGAUACUGGAGGUCUAGAUGGGAAAAUGAAAAGCCACAAAGUCAAAAUUCCAUCAAUAGAUACUAGUCUUGAAGCCCCCGAUGUUGACAUCAGUGUCAAAGGGAAGAAGGGCAAGUUUAAACUACCUAAAAUGAAAGGGAAGGUUAGGAAAACUGAUAUUGAUGUUGAAACACCCCAUGUUGAUAUGGAUGUAGAGUCACCUGAUAUCAAACUGAAAGGAACAAAGGUAAAAAAGCCAUUUUUUGGAAGGCUUCAUUUUCCUGAUGUCGAAUUUGAUAUAAAAUCUCCAAAAGUAAAAAAUGAAAGUUCACUGGCUGUAGGAUUGAAAUCAUCUGACUUGGACUUGCCAUCUGCCAGCCUAAAAUCAAAUGUCAAGGACUUGGAUCUGAAUUUAGAAGGCCCAGAUGUCAAAUUAUCAACACCCAAAGUCAAAAUGCCAAAAAUGAACACAACAAUUCCGGAUACUGACAUCAAUUUAAAUGGACAAGGAGAUGCAUCUUUUUCAGGGGGUUUUAAAGGACCAAAACUAGAUUUUAAGGGAGAAGCAGAGUUGGACUCAGCUGGGGGAAUACAUUAUCCAGAGGGGAAUGUAACAUUUCCAAAACUUAAGGUACCAAAGUUUGGCAUUGCUUUGCCUCAGUUGGAGGGAAGAGAGGUAGGAGUAGACGUGGAGUCUGGUGCAUCAGCAAGUGAAAAUAAAACAGUUGAAGCCCCAACUUUCAGUGGAAAAGUUAUGUCUCCGAGUGUAGAGGUCCAGAGUCCAGAAUUGAAGCACAGUGGUGGGAAAGUUAAGGGGAAAAUGCCAAAGUUCUUUGGAAAAUCUAAAUCAAAGGGUGGCAGUGCAGUUGAUUUAAGCCUCCAGGGGCCAGAGCUAGAAAUGAGUGGAAAGGGUGGUAAAGUCUCUAAAGAGUUAAGUUUAAGUUCUGGGGAAUUGUUAAGUAGGAAGUUGGAAGCAGAAGGUGGUUCCGGGCUAAGUGUGUCACCCAAGAGCAAAUCUGCCUCACUGGAUCUGUUUAAAAAAUCGAGGCAUCGCUCUACUUCUCUGAGUGACGAGGGAGAUCUUGGUUCUUCUUCUCCUUCGGGUCACUUAGAGGCAGAGGGUGGUGACAUUUCGUUGGAUUUGGGUGGGGCUAAGGUGAAAGGAAAGAAAGGCAAGUUAAAGUUUGGGACCUUUGGAGGUUUUGGCUCCAAGUCAAAAGGCUCAUAUGAAGUGUCACUAGGCGAAGAUAGUGAAGCAAGAGUAGAGGGAAGUGCAGGUGUUUCUCUCCCCUCAAAGAAAUCUAGAAUGUCUUCAUCCUCCAGUAGUGACAGUGGGUCAAGAGGAGGUUUUCGUUUUCCGAAAGUUGAACUGACCGUGUCACCUAAGAAAUGAUCAAUUAUAAGGCUAUAAAAUUAAACCUUCUCAUGUAAUGCCCAAUACUCUGUUUCAUACAUAGAACAUUCACAUCUGCUCAAGUAUUACAAAACUUGACAGAAAGCUCACAAUCAUCUCAAUCAAUAUAGAGCAAUAAUCUUCCCCUCAACUUUCCCCAAAUUUCACAGGAUUGCAUGAGUCCGUUUUGAAUAACAUUUAACUGUAAAUAAGAUAAAUUUGUAUUGUAAUAUUAAAUAUUGUCUUUUGUACAUAGUCAAAAUUUAUUGAACAUAAACCAUCUUACAAAAUCUCUACAAAAACCACCAAUAGUGCCUCACAUGAUUAGUCCAAGUGUCUUACUGAAUUCUGUUAAAUGGAUUAGGUGUGGUAUUUUUGUAUCCCGGGUUCUUUGCACAGAAAUGAUAUGGUAUCAUUUGUAAUGUAUAUUACUUUGAUUAUGUAACCAAACAGCAAAAACAACUGCUUUUGUUUUGAAGCUUUGAAUAUAUAAUCAAUGCAGACAUAUUUACUCACCUCAGAGCUGGACCUAGACAUUCUACCUAAAGUUAUGCCGUUAGAGAUCAUAAUAGCAAAGUCAUUUCAUACUCCUGUAAACUAUAAAUUGUAUUUACUACUGUCAAAACAAAAUCAUAUAUUGUAUGGAUAAUCAAUACACCAAUGUUAUUUUUUGCAAUAUGUCUCUUUUCAUUUAACACAAAACUAAUAUACUGUACUUUCACUGUAGAAAUUAAAUUGAGCUCAAAAGUCAAAUUGAGAUUUACUCAAACAUUGCAAUCUACAGAACAAUUCCUGUUUCAGAACUGCUAAGAUGAGGUUUAUCCGAACAAUGCAUCACUUUUUAUCUGUAUUUGACCACAUGGAUGGUUCUGUUCUUUCAUUCUCAGUCUCUUCAAUUCUCACUUCUGUUAAUUAAAGCUUUUUGUGUAUUUUCUGUUUGAUUAAAGGAAUUGUCACAAGUAAAAAGUCACACAUUGCUCAAAUCACUUGUAUAGAGAAUGAAACUAUCUGCAGUGUUUAUACUAGAAACAAACUUCCAAACUGCAAAUUGUCUUUCAUUUAAUUGAUAGACAUUGAGAUGAAUUAUAUGAGUGUUUUGUUUUUAUGUAUGCAUUCUGCAAAACAAAUCAAAUAAACUAAUGAGUCACCA